AUGCAAUUGUAUUAUACUAGCGACAAAUCGAAAUCGUUCGUUUUUUCAAUGUUAAUAUAUCUGGGAAAACAUUUACCGGAAGAAAUUUCUUCAUUACGCAGUUGUCAAACAUGUGAGACUGAUAAUUUCAUAUUAUUUGAUGAGGUACAAACAGAGCAAACAGAGCUGUUGGAUUUACCAGUACCAGGUAACAGUGAGGAGCGGAUUGAACCACUAGGCUUAUCGGUGCAAGGAGGUAGUGGAUCACUGCUGUAA